GCAGCUUAUUGCUGGCUUUAAUGGUUAUGUAAAAUCCAGCGGUGGUGUAUAAUUUGUCGGGAUUAAAAAGAGGCGGGACUUUAUAUCUGGCUGCAGCCUUCAAAUGCUGGCAGAGAAAAGCAAGAGCAGCCUGACCGGACCCAGUGUCGUGGACGUCUGCAUGCAUUCAGAGAUGAUGUUCUGCACCACCUUUUUGUCAGCGCCGACUGAUGAGAUACUAGAUGAGGCUUCAGAUUUGGGAGGUUGCCUGGCUCCCCUGCAGUGCCUCGUACUCCCGCAAGACGAGCUGUACGGUCCCCGCGGCUAACCUGCGGCACAGCGAGCGCACCUGUGUGGUGAUGGGUAAAAUCCUCCUGAAUGUGGGUUUAGGGGGUGGAGACAUUAGCGGACGCUGUAGCCCGUUGUUUUUACUCUCGCCCGCUUACAGUGUCGAGCGCGAGGAUGCAGGACCAUCAGGACCUUUAGGACCAACACUUCUGAUGGCAACAGUGGACAUAAAGAACCCCGAAAUCAACAAUCAGCGUUAUCAAAAUAACACUCAAAUGAACAACAUCAACUUCAACAGGAAAGACAAAGACAAAGGCAAAGGCAAGAACAAGAAGAAGAAAAUAUCCAAAGCUGAAAUCGGCACCCCGAGCAAUUUCCGGCAUGUUGGGCAUGUCGGCUGGGAUCCCAACACAGGCUUUGAUUUGAAUAAUCUGGACCCAGAGCUAAAGAACCUGUUUGACAUGUGUGGCAUUUCUGAGGCCCAGCUCAAAGACAUAGAGACGUCUAAAGACAUCUACGAAUUCAUUGAGAAGAGAGGAGGAGUAGAGGCUGUCAAAAAUGAACUUCGACGACAAGCACCUCCACCUCCACCAUCCAGAGGAGGACCGCCACCUCCCCCACCUCCCCACAACUCCGCUCCUCCCCCACCUCCUUCCAGAAGCCGAGGAGCGCCACCUCCACCUCCGCCGUCAAGAGUGCCCACCUCUGCUCCUCCUCCACCUCCUCCCUUCCGACCAGGUAUGGGAGCACCACCACCUCCUCCCCCCAGCAGAGGGCCCGGGACUGCUCCCCCACCACCUCCUCCAUCCCAGCCUGCCUCCCUGUCUCCACCAGCCCCUCCACCUCCUCCUCCAUCUUCAAUGGUCGGGGCACCACCACCGCCGCCACCACCUCCUCCGGGACCCCCUCCUCCCACGCCUCUGCUACCAGACGGGGAUUCUGGGGAGCUGCCGGGGGGUAAAUCCGCACUCCUGAACCAAAUACGAGAAGGAGCGCAGCUCAAGAAAGUGGACCAAAACAACAAGCCGCCCGUGUCCAGUGGUGGCCGUGACUCACUCUUAGACCAAAUACGACAGGGCAUUCAUCUUAAAAACGUACCGGACUCUACAGACUUGGCUCCGCCUACUUCUUCCCCCUCAUCUGGGAUCGUGGGGGCGCUGAUGGAGGUCAUGCAGAAGAGGAGCAAAGCGAUCCACUCUUCAGAUGAUGAUGAUGAUGAUGAUGAUGUAGAAGAUUUUGAGGAUGAAGAUGAGUGGGAUGACUGAUGACCAGGGCUGCCCAAAAGAAUUAAAACACUACAUUGCUCUUGACAUUCUAAAUCUUAUAAAAUUGUAAUGUAAAUGGAUGACCGAUUUGCUGUAAAUUUUUGUUGCCUUUAUGCUUUUUUGUAUUAAUCUGUGCAAUACCUCAUUUAAUCUGUAAAGGUUUGUCAUGCAUCUCCUGUAAAGGUUUUAUUUUCCUCUCCUGGAUUCACGUGCAAUUUUACAUCAAGUUUUCUUGAUUUGUAGAGUUGAAUGUUUUGGGGUCUUUUGUUUUUUUCUUUGUAAUUCUUUGAACGAAAGUUGACUCUUAAGGAACAAGAUGAGCGAGUCUUUAAUAUUGAUAUUGUGACAAAGCAAGAACACUAUUUUCAUGCUUUUCUCUUACCUUUUCUUUUUCAGUUUAGCGCUGUUGUUUUCUUAGAAACCAUAUUUAGCCCCAUUGCUAAGUUGUAAAUUUGCUCCGAGUUUGAGUCGGUUUCUAUAUUUGCACGAAUCAAAAAGAAAAAAGUGGGGAAACGGCGCAAUACGGCAGAUAUGUUUACACAUUGUGUGCUAUAGCUACUACGUCAGGACUCUCCUUAAAAUUAGAUGUGAGAAGCACUACAGUUAUUAGAAAUCUUCUGUUUGCAUAUGCUAGUUUGCAUUUUACUGGCAUUACAAUAAAUUUCACGGGCACUUUUUUUUUUUCUGUUGGUCAGAUA